GUUUAUUUAUUUAAUUUUCUUCUCCUUCAUCUUCCCCUCCCCCUCUUCCUUCGUUUAGGGUUUACUCCCGCCGGUGGAUUCAAUUUGUACUAGUUUAUUGUUUAUCUUUCUCGCCUGUCUCCUCGCCGGUGAGAUAGUCGACGUUGGCUUCACCGUCGCCCCAUCGUCUUCUCCGGCCGAUGAGGCUUCUUAUAGCCGUUGUAAAAAAAUAAAUACCUGUAGUAGAUAUAGGACUGCUGCUGCGCCCCAACAUCAUCUGGCGAGUCGUCAAGAAGAUGGCGUCGGGAACGGAAGAAACCACCACGCCGCAGCGUCGAUUGUCGUGCACCAAAUGUUUCGACGCUCUCUGGUUUUGCUAUUCUCCAGUUCACCAGAUGCAGCAGUACUAUCGGGUUGGUGUUCUUGACAAUUGUUCAGAAAAAUGGAGUAGUCUUAUUGAUUGUCUGACUCUGAAAACGAAAAGAGCUUCUGAAAUUGAGGAAGUUCUGAAACAACGGGAGAGUAAUCAGAAUCAUAUUUGGACCAUAAGAUCCCCUGAUGAAGCAAGAGCUAAUUGGAAUGAUAUCUUUGGACACCUUAAUGAUGAAGAAUGAAGGUUUCUACUCUUUCCAAUUUAUUUGCAUCAUUUUCUGUUUCUUAUUAUCAUUUGCUGGAAGAAGUCAGUGAAUCACUUGAUGUAGGAUUUAGGAAUAAUGCCGUGCCAUGUUCUUCUUUACCUGGAUCAUGGAUCACCCCUCUCUCUCUCUCUCUCUCUCUCUCUCUAUAUAUAUAUAUAUAUAUAUACACAUACUCUCAUGUUUGGUUCAUUUUCACUUGUACUCUAAAUAACAUUUUGUUGAGAUCUGUUUCCGUUUGUUGCGUUAAUGAUUGAAAUUAUAUACUUUAUUUUGUA